AAGUCCCCCAACAUGAGCGGGAGGAGGAAGAGAAACGGUCCGGCUCUCCGGUGCAUUCCAGGCGAACACAUCCGAGAAGAGGCCACCCACGUGAGCAAGAGCGUCCCUUCCCGAGACGGCGGAGGAUACGUCCCCGGCACCCUCUACUGCACCAAUCUCCGAGUGGCUUUCCUACCAGACGGCUCCGCCAACACGGCGGACUGCUCCUGCCCCCUGUUCCUGCACAGCGAUCACGACGUGGCCCUGUCCUGCAUCCGAAGACUCGUGGCUGUCAAUAGCUUUACAAAAGCAAAGGUGCUGACUGGUACUUCCACCCUGAAGUUCAUCCCAGAAGAGCUGAUCAUCUACUGCAGGGAUUUCCGGGUGCUGAGAUUUCGCUUCCACGAGAGCGGUCUGGAACCUCAGGCUUUCCGGGUGACCAUGGCCAUCGUGCAGGCCCAGGAGAGCAGCAGCAGAGGCCGUGGCCUUGAACCUGCAGCUCUGAGGAAUUUGGGGAACAGCCAACUGAAGAAGGAAGAGGAAGAGUUUCCCACGCUACUUUUCGAGACCCUCCGCGACUGGGAGAAGGAGCUGAAGCGCCUCGGGGCGGCUGGCUGGCGGGUCAGCCCGGUCAACGAGCGCUUCGAUAUGUCCACCAGCCUUCCAAAGUACCUUUGGGUCCCCAACGGCUUCCUGGACAAUGAGCUGAAGAGAGCCUUCGUGCAUUUCAACGGACGGCGCAUCCCGAGGCUGUGCUGGCACCAUCCUGGGGGCAGCGAUCUCCUUCGAGCUGCCAGUUUCCACGCCGACUCGGACCCAGAGAAGGAAGACAUGAGGUGCGUAGAAACCCUGAUGCUGGCGGGACAUUCCCAGUGCGUGAUUGUGGAGACGGGGGCCGACCUGCCCAGCCCGGCCGAGAUCCAGCAGGCCCACCUCCGACUGUGGGGCCUCAGCCUCUGCCUUGUGGAUUCCUUUGCGGCUCCGGCGGAUGAGAAGUGGCUCUCCGGCCUGGAAGGGACGCGGUGGCUGGACUACGUGAGGGUGUGUCUCAGGAAGGCCAGCGAAGUGGCUGUCCUGCUAGCCGAGAGGAGUCGAUCCGUCAUUCUGCAAGAAACAGACGACAGGGAUCUGAAUUGUUUGCUGGCCUCCCUGGUACAGGUCAUUUCGGACCCCUACGCAAGGACCAUCUCCGGGUUCCAGAGCCUGGUGCAGAGGGAGUGGGUGGCCGCCGGACAUGCCUUCCAGCAGCGCCACAACCUGUGGCAGAAGAACGAACGGGACGAGUCUCCUGUGUUCCUCCUCUUCCUGGACUGCGUCUGGCAGCUGCUACGGCAAUUCCCACAAUCCUUUGAGUUCACGGAGGCCUACCUGUUGGCCCUGCACGACAGCACCUGCGUCCCGUUUCUCAGCACCUUCCUAUUCAAUUGCCAGUGGGAAAGAGGGCGGAAUAAUCAGCACCGUUUUCUCAAUCAGCUUUACACUCCUAUCAACGGCUGGCGAGAAACCCUGUGUCUGGAAAUCCUGCCGAAGGACAGCUACCCGGCGAAGGAGGCAGGGGGUGCCUCUUUGCCCAGCGUCUGGGACUGGGGCCUGCGGUACAGCCUCCAGCAGAGGGCGCAGUUCCGGAACCCUGGCUACCGACACGGCAGCAACAGCCACGGACCUGUCCAGAACGGGAGCUUCCUGCCCCAGACCGGUCACAAGAUGGAAAACCCUCCUGGGAACUGGGCGGUGUUCUUACCCUCCAAGGGCUCUUUGUCUCUCCCGGCGCAACUCUUCCCUUGGAAAAAUGGCUCCCUGUCUAAGAAGGUGUCCCGGUGGGCUCAGCUGUCGGAGGGCCUUGGGGAACAGGACAGGCCCUCGAGAGGCAAAUCCAGCCUCCGCCACCUUCCCCCGAGAGGUCUGCUGCUCCUCCCAUCGCAUGCGGGGCCGUUCAUCCAGCUAUGGAAAAGAUGUUACCUCCGUGGGAACCCGGAGGCUCAGGCUGGUCUCUUCGCUUCCUCCAUUGCUGGCCUCACGGAGGAACUGCGCCUUCUCCAAGAGCGGCUGAGCAACUGGCAAGCAUGGGAAAGCUACAGCCCGGCUGUCGAGAAUGGGAGAGAGCCCCAUUGAGGGCCGGCCGAGACCACAUGGAGCUCCCCCUUUCCAGCUGGUUGUUGGGAGGGGGCCUUCGGAGUAUCCAGCGACAGCCGCGAUGCAGCGAUGCCAGGUUUAUGGACACCUGCAGCAGAAUCCUGAACACAUUCCCAUUGGAACCAAACAUUCCACUGGUAGAAGCCGCGCCGGCGCCCUCUGCUAUGCAGAAAGACUCUAUGCUGGAUGUUUCCUUCAUCGGCACUGGGCUAGGCAGAAUCUCACUGAAUUUCCAUUCAUGCUGGUAACGUAGAACAUAGAAACAUUGAGCUGGAAGGGGUCCCCCAAGGGCCAUCUAGUCCAGCCCCCUGAACAGUGUAGGAAAUUCACAGAUACCUCCCCCACACUCCGCUGCUCUGUGCCCCGGGGAAGGCAAAAAAAAAAACCCUCCAGGUUCCCUGGCCAAUCUGGCCUGGAGGAACAUUCCU